ACUGAAACAGCUGAUUUAUAUAAACAAAAACACGCGUGAAAAGCAAUACAACACUUUUUAUUACCAAAAAAAUGGAAAGCGAGCAACUGGAUCCUCCUACAGAAAAGAAGCCAAGAGAAGAUGUCAACCAAUUGCCACCAACUGCUCCUGGCUUUACACGACCAACACCGAACAGUAAAAAUCAAUUGAAAAAACAGCGAAAACUUGAGCAACAAUUACAACUUCGUAAGGAGAGAAGACGACAGGAAAAAGAAAGGCAGAAACAAAAGCGCCGGGAAGCUGCCGAAAAGGGUUUGCCCACUCGCACUGGUCCAUCACGCAAAGAUCUCAAGAAACGCCUACUAAAGGCAGGCGACAAUGAAAAUCCUUUACGUAUUGUCAUUGAUUUGGAUUGUGAUGAUAUGAUGAAUGAACGUGAUAUGGCAAAAUGUGUAAAACAAUGCCUUAGGAUAUACACUAUUAAUCGAAGAUCAGAAUGUCCAGUACAGCUACAUUUUACGGGUAUUAAAACAGAUGGCAAUAUACAUAGGGUGUUGAAAAAGAACGAUGGCUGGGAAAAUUGGCAUCUAAACUAUCAUUUUGAUGAAACUCAUCUUCAAGUUUUCGAUAAUAAGGAAAUAAUUUAUUUAACAAGUGAAUCAGAUGUGGUUCUGGACACUUUAGUUCCCCAAAAUGUUUACGUUAUUGGCGGUCUAGUGGAUCAUAAUCAUCAUAAAAACUUUUGUCAUGACAGGGCAACGAAGGCAGGUUUAAAAACAGCACGCUUGCCUUUAGGCGAAUAUGUGGAUAUGAAGACGAGAGCUGUUUUAACUACGUUUCAUGUUUUUGAAAUCUUAGUACGAGUUGCUGAGGGUAAGAGUUGGUCCGAUGCUAUUUUACAAACAAUUCCACCUAGAAAGGGAGCUAAAGCCAAACAACUAAAUAAUGAUGAAACAAACAAUGAUAAAGACAUUGAGAAUAUAAAUGAAGUUGACGAAAAUUCUAGUUAUAGAAAUAAUGAUGUUCACAGUAAUGCCACUGCAGAGGAUGAUCAUGGGGAAGGCGUCAAUGAUGGUGAUUUAGAAUCAAAAAAACCUAUAGAAAGUAGUAGCUUAGAUAAUGUUGAAAAUACCUUAGUGGAAAGCUAAUAAAGGUAUAACUACCCAUAAGUAGUUAUAAACAACAAA